UCGUCUUAGAUGCAUGGCAUGGCGCUCAGCCUCGUCUUAACAGCUGACAACCAAAAGAAUUGGAUGACGACGAGGUGAUGCUCUCAUUUGCGAAGCUUUUGCGAAAGUGUCAUCGGGGACGAAAGCGACCAUCCGCUUAUCGCACCAGUCGCUCAACACCGUUACUCUCCACGCGCUUGCGGCCUGUGACUCCCUCGAGAGCUGCGCCAUCGAUUUGACAGCGUAGAUAGACAACGCCGACAAGCGUCCAUCCACCUCCAGCUGUGACUUUUGCGAGCAGCGCGUCCAGAUGCCGACGACCAUUCGCGUCAGUGGUCAAGCUCAGACCACGCACAAGGCUGAAUUGGCAACGCUGAAACUUCAGAUCCGCUACGAGCACGUCAGCAAGGAGGAGGCGAGCGCUCAAGUCAGAAGAACAGCUGCUCAGCUCUCCGGCAUUCUCUCCGAUCUGGCACCCAAGGAUCCGAAUGGCGCUAUUGCUCUAACCGCGCCGGUCGCGGCGUGGAGUAUGGAGAGCUUGACAGUCACCCUUCCUUGGUAUGGCAUCGAUGACGAUGAGGCAAAGCGCAAGAAGCGCAAGUCUGUAGCUCAGACUGCGGUGGAGGCCACCUUUCGGGACAUUGCCAAGCUUUCAGACAUCAUCACGACAGUCUCUGCCAUUCCGCACGUCUCCUUGCAGAGGGUAGGAUGGAAAUUGACUAAAGCUACGCGAGAUUCCUCGCAGAGCGAUCUGCGUCGACGAGCAGCGGGAAAUGCGAGGGUGAAAGCCGAGGAUUACGCCGCCGCGCUGGGCUGCACUGCUUCGCUGAAAUGCGUGGAGGUGAGCGACUUCAAUGCUAGCCCCGGGUGGGGAGCGGCGCGCACGUAUGGAGCGCCCAUGAUGGCAAGAGGAGCGGUUCCAGGCUCUCAGCCCCAGGCUCCAGAUAUUGAGCUCAAGCCGGAAGACAUCGAUGUCAGCAUCGAAGUGCAGACUGUAUGGGAAGCCGAAUAGCUGAAGACUGUUAUCGCUCCCUCCAGAGCCCCGGCUCGCUUGGCCAGCGCAAAAGUCCAGUGGACAAUCUUCGGGGCGUGCUGGAAGGCACGCUUUUGAAGAACCUGUGCCUCCCCGAUCGCGUCGAAGCUAAGCUAAUGCAGUCUGCCCUUCUGAGCUUGUCCUCUGCAAUGCAAUACGAAUCAUGGGUAGUGCACCUUAACGUUCAGGACUGACAGAUUUGCUCUGCUCAACCUCGCUUCUUCUCCUGCUCGGUGAGCGCCUUCUCAAAAUCGGUCCUAGGUCGAACUUUUCCAUUCGCCAUGCGCUUCAGCUGGGGAAGAUUGAGCGGCCAUCCAGGCUGAGGGUUCUUAAUACGUCCAGAGAUCUGACGAAUCAGUUUCUCGUAUGCUGGAGCGUUCGCAACAGGGCUUGCCUCCUUUGCCUUUACAAAGGCAGGUGAAGGGCUGGCAGAUUUCCACAAUGGUGAUCGUGGAGUCUCGGG